AUGUCUUUGCUUAGGCAAAUUGCUAAUAUUUGUGGCUGUGGCGAACGUAGUAGUGAUAUUAUUGAUGAUACUCGUGGCUACGGGAUUCCCCGUAGUAAUAUCUUCAAUGAUAAUUGUAGCUACGCGUUUCGUCAUAGUAAUAUUAUUUUAAAAUUGGCUCUGUUCCUCGGAACAGUGUUUACUCUUUAUAAUAUCGGACGGAAGAUCUUAUCUUUGUGGAAUGGAACGCCUGAACUGACGUCACCCGACGUCAGUGAAGUCAACUCAAACACCUUUGAUAUCCCUGAGGACAUUAACAACGCCGUAUCGACUUUGAAGGAUGUCUACGAAACGAACUUGGAAACUCUCGAAGUGGAAAUGGAACUGGUUCGAAGCGAAAAUUCUCGCCUGCGAGCGACGUUGCUCGAGAAGGAAAAUUUGUUUGACCAAAUGACUGAAAACAUCGACAGUUUGAGGCGAAGAGUUAUCGAGGAUUUCGAAGGAAGAAUGGACAGACUGGAUUAUGAAAAUAGUCAGUUGAGAAUGGAACAACUGGAGCGAUCUCGAGAGGCCGAAGAGUUUCAACAUAUAAUUGGUCGUCUUGAAGAGGAGGUCCAGGCUUUGGCAGAAGACAACAGGAAAUUGGAGACCGAAAAUGUUGACAAGGAUAAAGUGAUGGAAAAUCUCCAAGAAAGCAACAUGCAGUGUGAAGCGAUGAAGAAUGGUUUGCAGCAAGAGGUCAGGAAUCUCAGCCGACAAAACUCUGAAAUGGAGAUAAAUAUGGCCGAUCUGAAGAAAGAAAAGACUGAGCUGGAAGAAAAGAUGGCAAAUUUGGGAAAGGAAUUUGAAAAGGAAGUUCAUGACCUCGAGCAGAGGCUGAGUCACUCUCAAGAUAUAAUUAUAGAAAAGGACUUAGAGAUUGAAAGGCUUAAUAAAGAGGUGACAGAAAAGGAAGAUAAAAUAGAAGACUUGAAGAAUAUUGUGCAGAAUUUACUCGAAGAAAACAAGAAAAUUAAAAAUGAAAUGGAAUACAAAGUAAAUGACCUUCGUCAAGAGCUCAGUAAACAGCAGGAUCUCAGUAAGGAGGAGACUGAAAAGUUUGAAAAAGACAUAUACGAAUUUGGACAAACGAUCGAAGGUCUGGAAAGUGAGGUCGUCUCAUUGAUGAAAGAAAAGGAAAGCUUGAAGAUUGAAACUGAAAAAGAAAUGAACGACCUAUUAUCUGUGAAUAUGGAAAAGGAAGAGCAGCUUGAACUAUUUAAAAAAGAAGUCAUUGAAUGCGGACAAACAAUUGAAGGCCUGGAAAAUGAGAUCGUCUCAUUGAUGAAAGAAAAGGAAAGCUUGAAGAUUGAAACUGAAAAAGGAAAUUGA